GCCGCCCUGGAGCUUGUGUGAUCAUUCCACCACAUCUUUGCUUCUUGUAUUUCUCGCAUGAAUUCAGUUUGCAAGAGUUGAGUUGAGGGUUCAUGAAUCCUGGCUGUGCCCUUCCUGAUUCCACGAGGGAGGAGCUGCCUCUCACCACAAGUCCGCUCUAGUUUUUGGAAUGUGUUUGCUUUUGCCCUGAAGGUUUCUGUUCUUUUCUUUAUUUGUAUUAUUCUUUACAGAAUGCCGUGCACGAGGCCACGUGCACUGGGUCCUGAUCUGCUGAGAAACAAUGAAUAACAUCAAACUCAAUGUAUUUUCUCAUCAGGUUUUUAUUUUUCUUCUACUUUCAAGUCCGACGAGUUUGUCUUGAUCAUCAAACUUUGAAUUGGAUGUUGGGGGGGGGGUUGAACAAGCAGUCAAAAGUUGAGUCACUGUGGAUAACACUGUGGCUACCAUAGCUUAGCAUAAAGACCAGAAAAGAUCCAACGUAGCUCUAGCUGAAAGUCACCGGCGUCUCUAAAUGACAUCCUCCGGAACGUGUGUUCUUCUUCAUCAACUCCGGUGAUGAAGAACAACAGGUCAGGUGCUUGUCGAGGGGUUGAAGUCGAGGUCCAACAUUAGAAACCCAGCGUUUGUCUUCUGGUCGAGUCUCCAAACCGAGCCACGGAUCUUCUUCAUUAUAAAUAACCGCCCAGCAGCUGUUCUUCCCUUGACCUCUGACCUCACGCAGGCCUGCUUUUAGAACAGGCCUCUCCACUACAUGCCAGACUCUAUUUGACUGUACAACCUAAUGUGAACUCUGUUUUGUGUCCCGGCGCGAUAAUGUCUUCUCUUGUCCACCGUCGUCCCCUCCACCAAAGCAUGGAUUGACUCGGAUGUCCCACGUGGCGGCGGAGGCCGAGCUGAAGGCGCCCUUCGCCAACGAGCUGCCCUCGCGGCAGGCGCAGCUGGCGGCGCUGCAGACCACCGAGGAGUUUGACGUGCUGGUGAUCGGAGGAGGGGCCACGGGGGCAGGAUGUGCCUUAGACGCUGUCACGCGCAACCUGAAGACCGCCCUGGUGGAGAGGAACGACUUCUCCGCUGGGACGAGCAGCCGCAGCACCAAGCUGAUCCACGGAGGCGUCCGCUACCUCCAGAAGGCCAUCAUGCAGCUGGACUACGAGCAGUACAUGAUGGUGAAAGAGGCCCUUCAUGAGCGAGCCAACCUCCUGGAGAUCGCCCCUCACCUGUCGGCUCCACUACCCAUCAUGCUCCCUGUUUACAAGUGGUGGCAGCUGCCUUACUACUGGGCGGGGAUCAAGAUGUACGACCUGGUGGCCGGGAUCCACUGCCUGAAGAGCAGCUACGUCCUCACCAAGACCAAGGCCCUGGAGCACUUCCCCAUGCUGAAGAAGGACAAGCUGGUGGGAGCCAUCGUCUACUACGACGGGCAGCACAACGACGCCCGGAUGAACCUGGCCAUCGCCCUCAGCGCUGUUCGCUACGGCGGCGCCAUCGCCAACUACACGGAGGUGGUUCACCUGCUGAAGACAAAAGACGAGGAGACGGGCAAGGAGCGGGUGAGCGGCGCCCGCUGCAGGGACGUCAUCACCGGAAAUGAAUUUGACGUGAAGGCGAAGUGUGUGAUCAACGCCACCGGCCCGUUCACCGACUCCGUGAGGAAGAUGGACAACCAGGAGACCAUGAACAUCUGUCAGCCCAGCGCCGGCGUCCACAUCGUCAUCCCCGGCUACUACAGUCCCGACAACAUGGGUCUGCUCGACCCGGCCACAAGCGACGGACGGGUCAUCUUCUUCCUGCCGUGGGAGAAGGUGACCAUCGCCGGCACCACGGACAGCCCCACCAGCGUGACGGCUCACCCGAUCCCGGGGGAGGACGACAUCAACUUCAUCCUGAACGAGGUCCGCAACUACCUCAGCCCGGACGUAGAAGUGCGGCGAGGUGACGUGCUGGCAGCGUGGAGCGGCAUCCGUCCCCUGGUGACCGACCCCAACUCCAAAGACACUCAGUCCAUCUGCAGGAACCACAUCGUCAGCAUCAGUGACAGCGGCCUGGUCACCAUCGCCGGUGGGAAGUGGACAACCUACAGGUCCAUGGCCGAGGAGACUCUGGACGCUGCCAUCAAAUCUCACGGCCUCUCGGCUGAACCCUGCAAGACCGUGGGUCUGAUGCUGGAGGGCGCGAAGGGCUGGACGCCGACGCUCUACAUCCGCCUGGUGCAGGACUACGGCCUGGAGCAGGAGGUCGCUCAGCACUUGGCCGCCACGUACGGAGGGAAAGCGUUCGACGUGGCCAAGAUGGCUCAGGUCACAGGGCAGCGAUGGCCGAUCGUGGGCAAGCGGCUGGUGUCCGAGUUCCCGUACAUCGAGAGCGAGGUGCUGUACGCCAUCAAGGAGUACGCCUGCACCGCCAUCGACGUCAUCGCCCGGCGGACGCGCCUGGGCUUCCUGAACGUGCAGGCGGCCGACGAGGCGCUGCCACGCAUCGUCCAGAUCAUGGCCAAGGAGCUGAGCUGGAGUCAGGAGAGGACCACGGCUGAACUGGAGGCAGCCAAGAAGUUCCUGUACCAGGAGAUGGGCUACAGGUCUCGAUCCGAGCAGCUGACCAGGACGUCCGAGAUCAACCUGGACUACCAGGAAGUCGUCAGAUACAAGAAACGCUUCCACAAGUUUGACAAAGAGAGUCGAGGAUUCAUCACCACGGUCGACGUCCAGCAGGUCUUAGGAAGCAUCAACGUUCACAUCGACGAAAACGCGCUUCAUGAAAUCCUCAACGAGGUCGACGUCAACAAGAACGGACAAAUAGAGAUCGACGAGUUCCUGCAGCUGAUGAGCGCCGUGAAGAAGGGCCAAGUGUCGGACAGCCGGCUCGCCAUCCUGAUGAAGACUGCGGAGGAGACGCUGGAUAAGAGGGGCCCGGUGUCGGUGGACCGCAGCGGGGGCGGAGUCUGAGCACGCCGGAUUCAAGGGACGCAAAGGAGAAGGUGGUAAUGACAACAACAACAACAACAACAACAACAACAGCAACAACAGCAACAUGCUAAUGGUGCUAUUUGAAUGACAAUGCAGCAAUCAAGCACCGGGGCGGUCGGAUUCAGCGACACUCCUGAUUCCUGAGGGGGAAAGAGAAGCUGAUGAUCCAGGGCCGAUUUUCAAGAGUCGAUGCUUUUUGUAUGUUUUUCAACAUCCGGUGCCUCAGAAAUCACACAACCUGUGUUCUACUCUGUCUUUCAAACUGUUUAAAUUGUCCCUGCAGCGCCUCCAGCACUCCUUCUCUGAAACUUUAUUCUUUGUAAACGGCGCCGAGUGAAACCGUCCUCGACGCGACGCAGCGUUCGAGUCUUUGGUCACGUUUGAUUUCACGGGUUCAUUGUUUCCCUCAAAGUUUCCUGGAGAGGAUUCGUGUGAAAGGACAAAAGAGAAAUACACUUGAAACGUGAUUAACACAAAUAUCUGGAUUAUCUGACAGAGACGAAGAAAACACACAACGUCCCUCCAGGGAACUUUAGAGGUCCUGUAAAUCAAAUCCUCACUGACGUGUCAGUGUGUAGUUUCUGAUCUGUGCACUAGUGGUUUAAUAUUUGAUAUUUAAUGGGUUUUUCAAAAGCACUAUGAGACGUUUCUGAACCUUUUCUGUUGCCUGCUCUUUGUCUUUUAGGGUUUUUAAACCACUGAUCAGGGUUAAAUGUAAAAAACAUUUAACAUCUAUUUGUCCGAACUACUGACGUUUACAUGACGAGGUUUCAAGCUUUAGCUUCUCAAUCACUGCUGUUACUGUUCUCUCCAUAUUUGUAUAUUUAUUAUUUUGCUCCUCAUACGCAGAGAUAGUAGAUUUUAACUAUAUUUAAAAGUGCAUCUCUAAAUCAGGAUGUUUCUAUUGCUACACGUAAACUUUAUUCUCUAAAUAAUUCAAAGCUAAAUCUACAUUUUUAAGAAAGAAUUUUAUUUUAUUUAGUGUUUGCUUCUCUUUAGAUUGAGCAGCUGUAUUGACGCACACUCAGUGGGAGGGACGGGUCUAUAACCUGCAUGCUGUCAGCUGAUGGUCAUGAGAACCUUCAAGCAGAUUAAUGUGGUUGCAUGUUUGGUUUUAAAGAGUUUGGUGAUUUUCUUCUUUGAAAGGGUCUGAAUGUAGAGAUUUACCUUCACGUGCCUCAGAUAUGACACUUAACUAUUUUCACCCUGUGUCACAAGCAAGUGCAACAAAUACAGGAAGUAAUGUUGAGAUAUUGAUCAUUCAUAAGAGUUAUUAUAAUAGGAAAUGUGUUGUAUGUUUAUACGUGUGAGAACUGAGGCCUGUUGUAAGGGACGAGUGUUUUAAUAUAAACAGUAGUUUGGUUAAUAGAGACGUGUAACUCCAAAAGGGACUUUUAUUUUGAAGGGCUGGGGUUUCACUGAAAUCUGGAUGAUUAAAAAAAAUAUAUUAUGGGAAUAAAUAUCAAUAUUUGAGUAAAAUUUAUGGAUUGGAAGAAUCUUAUGUUCCCACCUUUAAUUGUGCGCUUAUUUUAUUCUGAAUUUUAAAAAGUGCAUAACUGUGGUGGACGAAAAGCGCUUGAUGAGGAUUGUAGCCGGUAAAUAAAUAAAAUAAAGAUCAAAUUGAUUCCCAGCCCUUUUUAAAUGUGUUUGAUUUAGUAUAUUUAAGUAUAUGUACUCUGCCCCCCUCACCACAGGCCUGUGUUCAGUCUUUUAUUUUGAAAGGCUUGUAUUUGUAUGUGUCUGCACUGUGCUUCCUUAUUGCCUUCACGUUUAUUCUCAAGAGGAAAUGCAGAUCUUCUGUUGGACUCUGAUCAUUUUUAUGCAGUAAACCGAAUCAUUCCAUUCCCUCCACGAACCAAACGCACUGUUACUGAGGUGUGUGUGUGUGUGUGUGUGUCUCUGUGUUUGUUUGUGUGAGAGUGAGACAUCCCUUCAAACUUCCCGAUGUUUGAUUGUCUCCUGCAGGAUGAAAUUUCAGCCUCCUCCCGACUCAAAGAGAAUCAUGUUGCUGGUUCUUCUUGCUCUUCUCCUCCCGUGCAGCGGCCGAGUCGUGAGGUGUGAAACACGAGCGAAGGAAACAAAGUCAUUGUGUCAUUAAAUGUCUCCGGUUGCUUGAACAGC